AUAUACUCUAUGCCGUUAACCAUAAACAAAACAAAAAGCUUAUAAUUAUGUAAAGUGUUGGCUAAUAUUUAUACGUUUAAAUUUUUUUAUUAACUAUCAGCUAACUGCUUGUGAGUUACGAUGUAUUUAUGUAAUGCUGUGUGUGUGUUGGGAAUUAGUCUUUGUAUAUUCAGUACAGCAUUAACUUAUGAUUUUAGGAAGUUUACUAAACAGGAUUUGAAGUUACUUAGAGAAGAAGUACGAGAGAUGUUUCAACAUGCUUAUGAUAGCUAUCUAAAAUAUGCAUACCCUUAUGAUGAACUACGCCCACUGAGCUGUGAUGGCAUAGACACUUGGGGAAGUUAUUCCCUCACACUUAUUGAUGCAUUGGACACCUUAGCAGUGAUGGGCAACUAUUCAGAGUUCCAGAGGGUUGUGAAAAUAGUUACUGCUAGAGCAAACUUCGAUGCCAACAUUAAUGUUUCUGUUUUUGAAACAAACAUUCGUAUCAUAGGAGGGCUACUCAGUGCACAUCUGUUUUCUCACCGCGCAGGCGUGCCGGUGGAGCCGGGUUGGCCGUGCAACGGUCCCCUGCUGCAGCUGGCAGAGGACGUGGCCCGCCGCCUGAUGGCAGCGUUCGACACGGCCACCGGCAUGCCCUACGGCACGGUGAACCUGCGGCACGGAGUUCCCGAGGGCGAGACCAGCAUCACCUGCACCGCCGGCAUUGGCACCUUCAUCCUCGAGAUGGGGACGCUGUCUCGGCUCACCGGGGAUCCCUUGUUCGAGGAGGUCGCGAUGAACGCCCUGUACGCGCUGCACGACCACCGCUCGCCCAUCGGCCUGGUGGGCAACCACGUAGACGUGCAGACGGGACGCUGGACGGCGCAAGACGCCGGCAUCGGCGCCGGCGUCGACUCCUACUACGAGUACCUGGCCAAGGGAGCCAUCCUGCUGCAGCGGCCGGAGCUGAUGCGCAUGUUCGAGGAGGGCCGGGCGGCCAUCGACAAGUACCUCAAGAGAGACGACUGGCACGUCUGGGUGUCCAUGUCCAAGGGCCAGGUCACACUGCCCGUGUUCCAGUCGCUCGAAGCCUACUGGCCUGGCGUGCUCAGCUUGAUAGGUGAUGUUAACAAAGCAAUGAAAACCCUUCACAACUACCACCAAGUGUGGAAACAGUAUGGCUUUACUCCUGAAUAUUACAAUAUUCCACAGGCGGAGGCUGGCUCAAAUCGAGAAGGCUACCCAUUGCGACCUGAGUUGGUUGAAAGUGUAAUGUACCUCUACAGAGCAACAGGUGACCCGUACUUGCUGGAAGUUGGUAUAGAUAUUUUGCGCAGCAUACAGCAUAGUGCUCACACUCCCUGUGGAUAUGCAACCAUUAAGGAUGUACGUGACCACAGGAAAGAAGACAGAAUGGAGUCUUUCUUCCUGGCAGAGACUACAAAAUACCUGUACCUAUUGUUUGAUCCUGAGAAUUUUAUCCACAACAAAGGGCAGCACGGAACUGUGAUAAACACUCCCUGGGGGGACUGCGUGCUUGAAGCUGGAGGGUACAUAUUUAACACAGAAGCCCAUCCAAUCGACCCUGGCGCCCUGCAUUGCUGCAGUGGCCACAGGCUGUCCGACGUCCAGAACAUGUUGCACACUUCUGACAAGGUCAGGGAAACAUUGCAGGGAGACCAGCUAAGCACGCUAAGGAACCGGCGAAAGUCCACUUCACCUGCAGCUUCGAAGGUUGCCGAGCCAGACUCUGAACAACCUAUGAAAGUGGAUAUUGAACAAUUUAAUAGUGCAGAGAUGAAGGUAAAAGAAGCAUUUUUGAAACAAUUACAAAAUGAGCUGGCUGAAGCUUCAGUUGAUGAUCUUCCUGAAGAAGAAAGUAAUGAAAUUGAGAAAGUUCCAAGUGUAUCUAAUGGCGAUGGAUUUGGUUCAACAAAGACUGGGUUGGAAAGUAGUGGUGAACGAGUGACUGAAGAUGAAAUCAAAACUGACUUACUUGAACCUGUAACUGAGGUUAUAGCUGACUACAAAGUAGAAAGUUCAAUAAAAAUUCCAGAAAAGGGAAAGAUGAAAUCCACGUCUGAGAGCUUACAUACAGUAAAUAAUGCCAAAGAUGCUCUAGAAUACCGUGCUGAUGAUAGUGAUAAAGUAUGUAUUGUUAGGAACCCUAGUGUGACUGAGACCAAAGUGAACUUUUCUGAUUUUGCUACCAUUGAAGAUGAACGUGACUUCAUUGCAACAGAAAAGGACCAGAAGAAAUCUGUAACUUCUCUUGAUGUGUCCAGAAUUGAACCGUUCCCAAGUUUUCCAGAGUUUCUAAAGCAAUUUUUACAGUAUAAAUUACCUUUAAAAGCACAGUUUGACCCUCAAAUACUAUUAGAAAAAAUUUGUGUCAGUAAAAGGUACGAACCCAAUGUGACAUGGGUAAAAAGUUAUGAGGUCUUGUCAUGUCCAGCUCAACAAUUUUUACAAAGAUUAUCUAUGUCUGGUGAAAUGUUUGGAGCAACUUAUUAGUAUGUGAAAGGAAUCUUUGUAAUAAAAGAAUACUUACUCAUUCUGUGGUCCUGUUAAAUCUGAUCAACUUCAGUUAGGCUUAUCAUAGGUUAAAGAACAAGUGGUGGUAUUAUGACUCAUAUUUAGUCAAUGUUUUGCUAGCCAAACCCUGACUAAGUGUGUGGUGGUAAUAAAGUGAACUAGAAUUUGGUAA